AUGCCAUCCGUCCCCGAAGUGCCGCCACGACACUGCGAGGCACAUCAUCCCUCCAAGAUACCUCUGCGUAGCGGCCCACGGGUCUCCACCUUCGAGACAACCCGACCCACGGCCCACUACUUCUCGCCCGCGGCCACAGCAGGUGGACGACCUCAGGCACUCAUCGUCGCCCACGCAGAGUUGGAACGCGUUACGGCGGAGUACUACCGUCCCUUCCGCGUCGGCUUGAAAGAGCCCGAGUUCAUGACGUCCGACAUGCGCUUCAUCGGCUCCGAAGUUCAAGCACAACGAAGUUUCGUUCGCGCAGUCAUAGCGCCAGACGUGCUCUACGGCACCGUGCAGGGCGUGGACGCCCUACUGGAGAACUGGCGGUACCUGAGUCUCGGGUUCAAAGGCGCCGUCGCAGUGAUGAAUGCAGUUCUGGACUGGCCGGCCGGGUUUCUCCCCGAUAAAAAGUCUCCCAGCGUGAAGACGUAGUUGACCACGCAGGCGAGGAUUCCAGUUGUGAGUCCAUGUCUUGUCAGCAUCAGCACUUGCCAAGCCGACGCGACAGCAUGGCUUGUGGCCCGAGUGAUAUCGCCAUGUAAGGACCAAGAUCUGGAAACAAGGCGGAUAUUGGGGACUUUCGGCACAAUCAACGCCAUCUUGACGUCACCACUGGACUGACAAUUGCGAACUUCCAGCACUAAUUUUGAUCAGCUAUAGCUCAC